AGUGUGCCUGCCAUUUAGCCAAACAACCUUUAAUUCAUGGAGUUCAAAGCUUAGCAGCUUCACUGAGGUUGUUAGGCGUAAACAGCUUGCAAAUUAGAAUUUUUUUUUCUCUUCCCACUUUUGCACUAGAUUUGGGUAGUGGAGGUAAUGACAGCUUUUUAGAAGAACGUGCAAGACUCUCUAGGUGUUGGGACACUGAACACGUGGAAGAGAAACUUGUCAGGGUUCGGUGAAGUGAAAAGAAAGAGACGAUAUAAUAGAGAUGAGCUUGCAAUGAUUCCAUGUCGGCGAGUGAAGAAGAAUGGAUGCAGUUUCAACACUUGGAUCCCAUUCAUGACUCACUGCAACACAAGAUAAUACUGCCAUUUCUUUAAGUAUUUGCUGUGAUCUCCUGGUCAUUAACCUCUUUAAGGACAGCAUCUUCUUGAAGUACAAGAAAGGACAGUGUCCACCAUUAGGCACAAACAUCACCAAUUUGCAUGAUUAUGGAGAUGAUCUGUCUGAUGCUGAAAAUGUCUCUAGUUUUUUGACAACGGUUUAAUAACCAUGGGGUCAAGCGGACUUGGGAAAGCAGCAACAUUAGAUGAAUUGCUGAGCACUUGCAUCGAGAUGUUCGAUGACAAUGGAGAGCUGAAUAAUAGUUAUUUGCCAAGAAUAGUUCUACUGAUGCAUCGAUGGUAUUUAUCUUCCACUGAACUGGCAGAAAAACUUCUCUGCAUGUAUAGAAAUGCCAGUGAAGAAAGCUGCGAUGAAUUUCGAUUAAAGAUCUGCUACUUCAUGAGGUACUGGAUUCUGAAGUUUCCUGCAGAGUUUAAUUUGGAUCUUGGUUUGAUUCGUAUGACUGAAGAAUUCCGGGAAGUAGCUAGUCAAUUAGGAUAUGAAAAACACAUCAGCCUCAUCGACAUAUCCAGCAUUCCUUCCUAUGACUGGAUGAGAAGAGUCACACAGAGGAAAAAAAUAUCCAAGAAGGGAAAAGCCUGUCUUCUAUUUGACCAUCUGGAGCCCAUUGAAUUGGCUGAGCACCUCACUUUUCUGGAGCAUAAAUCUUUUAGAAGGAUCUCGUUCACCGAUUACCAAAGUUAUGUCAUCCAUGGCUGUCUGGAGAAUAACCCAACCUUGGAGAGAUCUAUUGCUUUAUUUAAUGGAAUCUCUAAGUGGGUCCAGCUGAUGGUUCUUAGCAAACCAACCCCACAACAAAGGGCAGAAGUCAUCACAAAGUUUAUCAAUGUUGCCAAGAAACUUCUUCAACUCAAAAAUUUUAACACCCUGAUGGCAGUGGUGGGAGGCCUUAGUCACAGUUCCAUUUCACGCCUCAAAGAAACCCAUUCUCAUCUUUCUUCUGAAGUUACAAAGAACUGGAAUGAAAUGACAGACCUGGUCUCCUCCAAUGGCAAUUACUGCAAUUACCGCAAGGCCUUUGCUGACUGUGAUGGCUUCAAAAUCCCCAUCCUUGGUGUACACUUGAAAGACUUGAUAGCAGUCCAUGUCAUUUUCCCAGACUGGAUGGAGGACAAUAAAGUGAACAUUGUGAAGAUGCACCAACUCUCUGUUACCUUGAGUGAACUUGUCUCCCUGCAGAGUGCCUCUCACCAGUUAGAACCCAACAUGGAUUUGAUCAACCUGCUCACGCUUUCUCUGGACCUCUAUCACACAGAAGAUGACAUUUACAAACUGUCACUGGUGCUGGAACCCAGAAAUUCUAAAUCGCCUACCUCCCCCACGACACCCACCAAGCCAGUGGUGCCCCUGGAGUGGGCAUCAGGGGUGAUGCCAAAGCCAGAUCCCACGGUUAUCAACAAGCACAUCAGGAAGUUAGUGGAGUCUGUGUUUAGAAACUAUGAUCAUGACCAUGAUGGGUACAUUUCUCAAGAGGACUUUGAAAGUAUAGCUGCCAAUUUUCCCUUCUUGGAUUCCUUUUGCGUGCUGGACAAAGAUCAGGAUGGCCUAAUUAGUAAAGAUGAAAUGAUGGCUUACUUCCUAAGAGCAAAGUCCCAACUACAUUGUAAAAUGGGGCCAGGAUUUGUCCAUAAUUUUCAGGAGAUGACCUAUCUCAAGCCGACCUUCUGCGAACACUGUGCUGGAUUUCUCUGGGGCAUAAUCAAGCAAGGAUAUAAAUGCAAAGACUGUGGCGCCAAUUGUCACAAACAGUGCAAAGACCUUCUGGUUCUGGCCUGCAGGAGAUUUGCCCGGGCCCCCUCCUUGGGCAGCAGUCAUGGCUCUCUGCCUGGUAGCCCCUCUCUGCCCCCAGUGCAGGAUGAGGUGUUUGAGUUCCCCAGCGUCACUGCUGGACACCAAGACCUGGACGACAGAGCCAUCACCUUAGUUACAGGCUCUUCCCGCAAGAUCUCCGUGCGGCUGCAGCGGGCCACGACCAGCCAAGCCACCCAGACUGAGCCUGUCUGGUCAGAAGCUGGCUGGGGGAACUCUGGGUCCCACACCUUCCCCAAAAUGAAAUCCAAGUUCCAUGAUAAAGCCACAAAGGACAAAGGCUUCGCCAAAUGGGAGAAUGAGAAGCCCAGGGUACAGGAGGGUGUGGAUGUUGUAGACCGGGGCACUGAGUUUGAACCUGACCGGGAUGAGGAAGACAUGGAGGAGACCAGACAGGACGGGGAGGAUGGCUGACUUUGGGCUGAGGACACUGAAGGCAAUGAUGUUGGCAUUUGGAAGGAGUAAGAUAAGGAACUCUGAAGAACACUCCAAAUCUCAGGAAGUUAUCUGGAAAGAUACCUGGCUGUUUACUGUCUAUGACACCACGGGAUGUGCCUGAUUCUACUAUGGGACAGAGGAUUUACCUUUGAACUAUUUAUUUCCUCCUCCCCUGCCCCCAGUUAGGUGCCAUGAAGGCUGUGUUAUGCAAUUGGUAGUUUCUCAUUUAUCUUUCUCUAGAGCCAUUUAUAUACGGGUGAAAUGACAGAUUUUGUGCAUGUACUUGUUACUCUCAUCCUCUAAACUCAGACUCUGCUCUUUUUGUGAGAAUAUUAUUUCAAGAUUUUUAUAAACACUUGUGGGCGGUAGGGGGGUUGCUUAACAAAGAGUCUAUUCAGAAGUCUUGUGUACUGUUUUGAUGGGACCAGGACGAAACAUUUUCUUGAGGAACAAGGAAGUUCUUCAGAUCCUGGAAUGCGGUGUCCUCCUAAUUAUGAUCUGUUGCCAGAAGGAGUUGUUUACAUUGUUCUUACUGUACAUGUAUGAUUUUGGCAUGUAACAAGUCACACGUUCAUCUUCACAUAACUCUUACUGAAUUUGCAUCACUAGGACACUAUGACACAGUCUCGAAAACUCUUCUAAUAUUUAUAAUUGUCAUGGGGAAAGUUAGUAAUAUGUCUCAUCUGACUAUUUUUAGCCACUAUUCUUAAGACUCCUUUUAAGAUUGCUCUUAAGAAAUGUCAAUAACAAUUAAAAAUCAAUUUAAUAAUUGCAGUUUUGGUGGGUAAAAUUUAGAAAAAAAACAAGGCAUCAAACAAACCACUUAAUGAAAGUGCAAAGCAACCAGCAAUGCUUCAAAACUCAAAAUUGCCUUAACAAUUCUAUUUGUUAAAAAAGAAAACUUUUGGUUGUGAAAGAGAGCACUUGUGUUCUUCCUGAGAUAUUGUCGUGCACAACUCAAGAAUUUUCCUAGAAAGUCAUCACAAACCAUUUGAUUAACAUUUUACUUAAACUUUUAAAGUAUCAAUAGUUUUAAUAUCUUCCUUUGACCCAAAAUAACUAGACAUGGGUCUGUUUCUUACAUAAUUAGAGAAGAAAGCACUUGGUUCAACACAUUCAAAAACAAGCAGAAUUGGGGUGGGCAAUGAUCUUCUACUAAGUCAUCAGACCGAAAAUGAACCACAGAAGUGCACUGGUCUGCAUUUGGGGGUUAAGUGUACAUAGUCCACAUAAGACUGAAUUUGUUUCUCUGGGGCAGAGACCCAGGGACCCAUUUCAGUAAAUAAAUGUCUUUCUUCUCUUUUUCUAUUAGGUAAUUGAUAGUAAUAAGCAAGUCCUGUGAUAUUAGAUGCACCAACACAUCAACUCUUGUUUUCUGCCCUCAGGGAUUGGCAACCCAGGAGCAUGAGGCAAGAUAAUUCUUUAACAUGUGCUUCUAAAUUUACUAAAGCUGACUUAAUUGUGUCAAACAAAGUCAGAGUUCAAGUUACCGAGAUAUUGAAAAUUAGGGCAACAAUUAGUUGGUGGAGCUGUGCUUAAGUUGGAUAAUAAAAAAACUCACUACUUGUAAGCACCUCAGAAGUCAGUCAUCAGCAAGUGUUGGUUUUAUGUAUAUACACUAUCAAUGCCUGUUCAUAAAUUCGAUGCAAUACAUGUGAGCAAAUUUAAAAACAGAAAAUGGCAAUUUAAGUACAAGAAAAUGCUUUUGAGGUUUUUUUUUUUAUUAAGAAAAUUUGGGAAGAAACUUGUUAAUAAAUGUUGGACUGUUCUUUUUCUUCUCAAAGCAAUUACCUCAUUUGCUAUUUGAUUUGGGUUGUUUUUGUUUUGGUUGGCGUGGUUUGCUUUUCACAAAUAAGAAGUCUUUUAUAAUGUCAGCCUUACUGGGACAAAGAUGCUUUGUAUCUUUGUAUCUUGAGAGAAAAACAAACACAAAAAAGAAAAUAAGCAUACUAUGUAUGUAUAUAUGUACAUAAUCUAUAUAGGGUAGUGUAUAUGUGUAGCUAUAAUGUAUAUAUACACUUGCACUACUAUUAUACUUUGCUGAAGAGGAACUUGAGUCCAUAAUGAGCUGCUUUAUAAUUUUGACUAUAUCAAUUACUCAUAACCAAUGGUAAAGUUGAUAUUUCCAAUCUAUCAAUUUCCCAUAAUCAGUGAAAUAUGCAAAACAGGCAAACGUAUGGUAGAGCAAAAAGAACUAUUAUGGCUGGUUCCUUUGGGCUUUUUUUUUAAGUACGUUUGAUGAACACUGUUACCUUUUAAGUGAAAAGCAAAACCAAAACUUUUUUUUUUUUCUUUUUUAAUUUUUAUUAUUAUUAUUACUGUAUAUAUUUCUUACAUCAUCUUUCAUUUUUGCACAAUGUGUGCAUUUUCAUCUUGAUUAUAUUCUGCUUACAAUUGCACUUCCCUUAUUUUGACCCCUAUCUCUCCUCUCCCCGCUACCCCUCCCCGUAGUGUGUCUCUGGUUUAUAGUUGCUUGUUGAUUUUGAUUUUUUCUUUAUUAUAGUUAUUCUUUUUUCCUGGUCCCUUAUUUAGGGUUUCUAAACUCCUGCUAUGAGUGAGACCAUCCAGUAUUUUUCUUUCUGGCUUAUUUCACUGAGCACGAUCCCUUAUAGCUCCAUCCACGUUGCUUCAAAUUGCAUGAGUUUAUCUUUUUUGAUUGCUUAGUAAUAUUCCAUUGUGUAUAUAUACCACAUCUUUUUGAUCCAAUCAUCUAUUUUUGGGCAUUCGGGUUGUUUCCGGAACUUAGCUAUUAUAAAUAGUGCUGCUAUAAACAUUGGGUGCAGGUGCCCUUUUGAAUUAAUGUUUCUGUGUCCUUUGGGUAAAUAUUUAGAAGUGGAAUUGCUGGAUCAUAUGGAAGCUCUAUCUUUAGUAGGUUGAGGAAUCUCCAUACAGCUUUCCAUAGUGGUUGGACCAGUUUGCACUCCCACCAGCAGUACAGGAGAGUUCCUUUUGCUCCAUAUCCUCACCAACAUUUGUUGUUGCUAGUUUUUUAAUAUGUGCCACUCUCACUGGUGUAAGAUGGUAUCUCAUGGUAGUUUUGAUUUGCAUUUCCCUGAUUACAAAUGAUGUUGAACAUUUUUUCAUAUGCAUCUUGGCCAUUUGUAUUUCCUCUUUGGAGAAGUUUCUUUUUAGCUCUU